UGACCAGAUGUCCUGAUUUUAUAGGACAGUCCCGAUUUUGGGGUCUUUUUCUCAUAUAGGCUCCUAUUACCCCCCACCGCCUGUCCUGAUUUUUCGCACUUGUUGUCUGGUCACCCUACAACAAGCCAUAAGUAUAAAAGUGAAACUAAAACAAGGAAUUGGAACUGCCAGUGUAGGCUUGUUUGAUUUGUUCUGUGUUUUAAUAGCAGCUUUGCUUUGUACCGAUUUGUCUGAAGGAGCGGUGACUAGGAUCUGCUAUCUCGGUUGCAGUUGGAUGAUCUCUGGACGCAAGGAAGAGAAAAUCGACAGUGUGUCCAUGACAUGGAGCCUCAGGCUGGUUGGCUGGUAUUCCUUGUCCUGAGUCUGGUUCCUCUUUGCCUUCCCAUCCCUUUGCGGGACUUCCUGUUGGAGCAGGAGAACGUCCGCCGGAUCGGUGGCAACCUGGUGCUGGGGAAGUGGGAAGAGCAGGUCAAUGAGUAUCUAAUAAGCCUCAAGGAGAAGGAAGUGGCCAAGGCCCAGAAGACUGGAUAUUUCCCACCCAGCAUGCACUUCUUCAGGGCCAAAGGCUUAAUUGAUCAAAGUGCAGUGUUCAGCAUCUUGAAACGUAUGCCGAAAGGUGCUGUCUUACACCUGCAUGACUAUGCAAUAUUGAGCGUGGACUGGCUGGUGCACAAUGCCACCUACCUACCUGACUGCUACAUCUGCUUCACCAAUGUGGGUACUAUUCAGUUUAGGUUUUCCAAGCCUCACCCACCCAGCCCAGUGCCGCCGGGCUGUUCAGAGUGGGUGUUGCUAAAGACUUACCGGAAGCAGCUGCACAACAUCAGUGAGUUCGAUAACAGUUUGCUGAAGAACCUGACCCUGGUGACUGACAACCCUGAGUUGACAUACCCAACGCAGGCUUUCAUUUGGAGAAAAUUUGAGAAUGUCUUUUCCACUGCUUCUGGCCUCAUCAGCUAUGCACCUGUGUUCAAGGCCUAUUUCUAUCAGGGGCUGUUGGAGCUCUAUGAGGAUAACGUACAGUAUGUCGAGAUGAGAGCUAUAUUUCCACCGGUGUAUGAACUGGAUGGGACCAAAUACAAUGAAUCCUGGUCUAUGGCAGCGUAUCAGGAGGUGGCGAGGCAGUUUGUUAAGGAUCACCCUGAUUUUAUUGGAGCAAAAAUUAUAUUUACAACACACAGAAAGAAGAACGUUACCGAGAUUAAAAAAGCCAUCAAGAAGGCCAUAGACCUCCGAGCCAUGUUCCCGGACACUCUGGCGGGAUUUGACCUGGUUGGGCAUGAGGAUGAAGGACGCUCUCUGUGGGACUUGAAGGAUGCCCUGACCAUUCCAUACUCCAAAGGAGUCAAUUUGCCUUACUUUUUCCAUGCUGGUGAGACUGACUGGCAGGGCACCUCUGUAGACAUCAAUGUGCUCGAUGCUUUGCUGUUCAAUACCAGUCGGAUUGGCCAUGGAUUUGCUCUCACUAAACAUUUAGUAGCCAAGAAGUUGUCCCUUAAUAUGGAUGUUCCUAUAGAACUCUGCCCCAUCUCCAACCAGGUCCUGCUGUUAGUAUCAGAUUUGAGGAACCAUCCUGCUGCUCAGUUGAUGGCAGAGGGACACCCCAUGGUGGUUAGUUCAGACGAUCCAUCUAUCUUUGGAUCAAAGGGUGUGUCGUAUGACUUCUAUGAGGUGUUCAUGGGCAUCGGCGGGAUGAGCGCAGACCUGAGAACUUUAAAACAACUGGCACUAAACUCUCUAAAAUACAGCUCCUUGCCGCCAAAGGAGAAAGCCCAGGCCAAACAGGUCUGGCAGAAAAAAUGGGACCAGUUUAUAGCUGACCUCUGCAAUGCUUUUCCAAGGGAGCUGUAGUGGGGAGGAUGUCUGCACGGCAGAGGGAACUGGGGCUACUGCUAAUGCAGAGAGAAUUCUUUUUCUAUGUCACUUGAGCAAACAGCACUCAAGCUGUGGCCUGGAGCCGGGUGAUUUUGGCCAAUUAUAGUUAAUAGCAAUUGCCCAUACCUCUAUACAUUAAUGUCAUUGGAUGCAGGUGAAGCAGAGCAGUGAGCCUUUAAAACAGAAGCAAAAAGUGCUGUAAAUGAUCAAAGUAACUAAAGUCAAAAUACCAUUAAAAUCGUGAAGUGCUUA